GCGGGUGUCCGGGGCCAGGAGGAGGACCGACCUCAGCACUCUCCGCCUCCUGCAGGGGGCCGUGUGAAGACGUGGAAACGGCGCUGGUUCAUCUUGACGGACAACUGCCUCUACUACUUCGAGUUCACCACGGACAAGGAGCCGCGGGGAAUCAUCCCCCUGGAGAACCUCUCGGUGCGGAAGGUGGAUGACCCCAAGAAACCAUUCUGCCUGGAACUCUACAACCCCGGCUGCCGGGGCCAGAAGAUCAAGGCCUGCAAGACCGACGGCGACGGCAAGGUGGUGGAGGGCAAGCACGAGUCCUACCGGAUCUCGGCCGCCAGCGCCGAGGAGCGUGACCAGUGGAUCCAGGCCAUCCGAGCCAGCAUCACCCGCGUCCCCUUCUACGACCUGGUCUCUGCCCGGAAGAAGAAGAUUGCCAGCAAGCAGUGA